AUAUUUAGUUUUUAGACAUUUGACAAAAAAGAUGGCAGCGAUCGCCGACUGCUGUCCUUCGGUUCGGAUUUAUUGCGAAAAUGGCGCAUUAUGUGAUAUUUUCACAUAAAAUAGUAAUUAUAAGUGAAAAUUUGUGUAGUGCUGCUUUGUGAUGGUGUACAGUUUUAUAUAAAUGACAGUGUAACAGUGUGUAAAUAGGACUGCGACUUUCUUCUGCAUAUUGGAUUACACAAAAUAAAGACACAAUGGUGGUGGGCGAGAACAAACGUACCAACAUCAUGGAUGGCAUCGAAAACACAGGGGACGUGCGGUUGCACGACCACCGCCUGCGACUCAAGCAGAGGUUUGACAUCGUCAGAAAACUAGGACAAGGCACAUAUGGCAAAGUGCAGCUCGGCAUCAACAAGAAGACUGGACAGGAAGUGGCCAUAAAGACUAUAAAGAAAUGUAAAAUCGAGUCCGAAGCAGACCUGAUCCGCAUCAGGCGGGAGGUGCAGAUCAUGUCCUCAGUCAGACAUCCUAACAUUGUACAUAUAUAUGAAGUAUUUGAAAAUAGCGAGAAGAUGAUUCUUGUUAUGGAGUAUUGUUCAGGAGGUGAAUUGUAUGAUUAUCUUAGUCAGAAAAAAGUACUACAAGAAGAGGAAGCAAGAAGAUUAUUUCGACAAAUUGCAACAGCUGUGUAUUAUUGCCAUAUACAUAAAAUAUGCCAUAGAGACUUAAAAUUGGAGAAUGUUUUACUUGAUGACACUGGUAGCGCCAAGAUAGCAGAUUUCGGACUGUCGAAUGUGUUCAAAGAAACCUCACUUCUAUCAACGUUCUGCGGGUCACCUUUAUACGCGUCUCCGGAAAUUGUAAAAGGCACUCCCUAUAUAGGACCCGAGGUAGACUGUUGGUCCUUGGGCGUGCUUCUAUAUACUCUAGUCUAUGGAGCCAUGCCUUUCGAUGGCUCUAAUUUCAAACGCCUAGUGCGGCAGAUCAGCAACGGCGAUUACUACGAGCCCAAGACUCCUUCUACCGCGUCGCCCUUGAUUCGCGACAUGCUGACCGUGGAUCCCCUGAAGCGAGCAGACAUUGCCUACAUCUGUGACCAUCCGUGGGUGAACAGUGGGUGCGAGACGUCGUGCCUGGAGAUGUCGGAGGCUCUGGCGGCGGAGACGCCGGUGCGGCUGGACCUGCUGCUGUCGCUCGCGCCCGCCGCGCCCUCGCACUGCAACUCUGUGCUGCUGCCCGAGAGUGAACUAGGCCCCGAAGAAAGCGGCACCGACCUCACCAGCUCCGCAUCGAUGGCGGUCGAACCGAGCAACUCUGCUGAAAAGAGGAUUCUAGAACUUGUUGCAGAGGGUGGCGAAGACGCCAUCAAGCCUUCUCCAACACGCACCAUAGUUUCUGCGGGCGAAAAUAAACGAAAACUGGAAAUCGCCAUGUCUGCUAGUGGGCUGCAGAGGAAGAAGGAGAGAGUUGCUAGUUCGGCGAGCAUCGCUCCUCAGCCAGCCUUGCCCGAGGAGAAUGCCUCCGAGCCAGCGAUCGAAGACCCCAAGCCUACGGAAGCGCCCUGCCUUAAAUCAUCGGCGACCAUAACCAUUCAACCCGCGGCGGCCGAGCUGGUCAAAGACCUCACGAAGGACAUUGUCAAAGAACCCGCCCCCGCACCCACCCCUGCGCCCGCGCCUACUCCUGCGCCAAAGGAAGAAGAAGCCAAAGAAAAGCCGGCUAAGCCACGUGUAACUAUUAAGAAAAAACCUGUCAGCAAAUCGGAAGAGAACGCCUCGCCUGAGAAACAAGACGAACCAAAAGUGGAGGAACCGAAGCCGAACUCUGUGUCAGCGGCGGCGGACAAGCUGACGUCACUGUCGCUCACCCCCACCCCUGCCUCGCCCCCCGCCGCGCCUGCGCUCAACAAACCGAAGAAGCUCUCCAUACCAGGCGGCAACGUGGGUAAUUUCAAGGAUCAAUUUGAGAGGCGCGCGUCGCUCACUUCUGCACCAGAGCCGAAACGUACAGUUACCAAACCAGUGUUAUCAAAGAUCGCCAAGCCAAAGGCACAGAGUGAAGACCGCGAGCUGAGCAACAAGACCGGGGAGCCUGGCUCUGUGCGGCUGCAACAGAUUGGCAUUGAACCGUCACCGACAAAACUAUCAGAAGAGCCAAUGGCGCCUCGCGGCGGAGUGAAGAAGACAGAGAGCGAGCCCUCGCACAGCUCCGCUAACAUGGACCCCACCGCAUUGCUGCAGGACGCCAGGAGAAGUCUCCAGAACUCUAUGGCGAAGUUGGCCGAGGAAAAAGCUGGCGAAGAAGGACGCAAGCGUGCCAGGGACAUUAUAUCUACGUACAUUCGGGCUGGCAAGCCCCCCGUGCCAUACGGUCGUUCGUCGUCGGCGGGCGUGACGUCAUUGAUGUCCCCGCCGCACACCCCUCCCGCCACUCCUGGGACGGCAACGUCGCAAGCUUCACCGCGAGUGUUCCGCACAGAGGCGCAACACCGCAUAGAGGAUCAUCGCCCGAGGGGCGUGUCAGUGGAGCGCAUCAUCCCCAUCCACGUGUCGGAGUCGCCGCCCGCGCCGCCGCCGCCCGCGCCCAAACCCGCGCCCCGCGCUGAGCACGCGCCUGUCAGACGAUUGGCAUCAUCAGAAUCGAACGCUUCAGAAACAUGCUCAAGCCCCGGCGAACCGAUCAAGAAGUCUGCUCGCGAGUUUAUCAUCCCCAUCGCGGUGGAGGGUAAAGGCUACGUCACACCGCGCCAGCGCUCGCUCGAGCCGGAGACUAGCGCGGCGCGCUCGCAGCGCUCGCUCAAGCCGCGCAGGAUCAGCAGUUUAGUCAGUGGGGGUGAAUCGGAAGAGGAAGAUGAUACUCACAUGCACAGAUUAAGGUCUACCCGCGCCGCACGCGCAGAGUCCGUCAGCUCCGGAGAAGAAGACGAAGAAGAUGAAGGGUUCCACCUGCUCACUGCCGAGAACCUCUUCUCUACAUUAUUGCACAGGGUUCGCGCACUUACCAACCGUCUGAACGGCGAGGAGGGGCCGGGUUUCUCUCAGCAUCCCCACUCUCUGUUCAACAACCUGCAGUCACCGUUCUUUAACAGCCCUCACUUACCGAGAAGACAUCUAUUACGCGAAGGCUGGGGCCGAGACCGCGACUUCGACUCUAUGUUCAGUUCGCGCCAGCCGCUUCCCCGAGGUAAUAGUAAGAAAUCCGGGAAACAUUCAACGAGGGCUCAACAAAGUACUGAAUCGAAUGAAGGCGGGGCGGACGAGUCCUCGCUGGACCUGAGCUCUAUACAGCUAAGCGAGGCGGAGAUGCGGGCGCUGUCGGGGCUCACGCCGGCGCUGGCGCGGCGUCUGCAGCGGCAGCUGCUGGCGCACCUCCCGCCGCUCGCCGCCAAGGAGCUGCGCCGCACGCUGUCGCUGGGCAGCGCGCGCCCGCCCGCCGCCGCGCGGCCCGACCGCAGCGCGCCCGCCACUCCGCUGCCGGACCCGACUCCCACCUCGGAGACGUCAGCCGAACCCACCACAUCCGCGACGACGCCGCCACCGCAAGACGACAACCCCUCCAACUCGAAAUCGCCAGAACCUAAAUCGGAACCAGCUUACGAAUCCCCGACAUCAUAUUGCACUCUGCCCCGAGUUCGACGCUCGAGCGCCCCGCGCUCCGAGUCCCCGGAGCGGUCCCGCGGCAGCAGCAUCCGCAGCACGCCGGAGCGGCCGCUGCUCAGCAAGUACCUGUCGCUGGACGAGGCCGAGAGCGGCAGCCUGCUGUCGGAGCCGAGCUACGUGGCUGCGUACGGCGCGCCCACGCUCCGCCGCCGCGCCUCCGCUCUCGACCCGCCCCGAAAACGAAUCUCGCGAUUCUUGCGACCCGACUUUUUCGACUCCCCGCCCGACGAAAACGUUUACAUUAAACACAAGAAAGAGAAAGAAAUGGAAACUCAAAAAAUAUUGAAAGAAAUAAGAGAAAAGAAGAAUAAGUCCCUCGAAUCCUCCCCCUCCUUAAAAUAUACCGCAGACGAUAAUAAUCAAUACACUUAUAAUAAAGAUGAAGGCGUGUAUGCUCGUAAGUGCCUGUCGCCGGUCUCCAUUUUGCCGGUCAAAGAACGUAGCAGAUCGAAUACUCCGUUUUUCCCGAGUUUAGACAAUAUCAAGGAGAGCGCUAGAGAUUCGUCCCUAAUGUUGAAAGAUACGAAACCGUAUAAAGAUUUUAGCGAAUUUAAACAAAAAUCCAGAUUUAACGAAAGUUCUGUUUCUAACGAUUCGAAAUUGACGAGACCGAAGAGUUACCCUGUGAAAAAUCUUAGUUCCAUAGAUGAAUCUAAUCAAAACUUACGAACGGAAACGUCUUUGAGUAAAGAAACUGAAACCAAAGAAAAUAAUGCACAGCGAGAAUCUAAACUAAUCAGACCUAAAAGCUAUCCAGCCAGUAGCCCUUCUCCAGAAAAAGUGUAUAUCAAUAGAAAUAUUAAAAAAGAUUUACCCUUAGAAAAUACAUUACCGUCCCCGUCAAAAAUAAAUACACCAAGUCCAGAAGCUAAAAAUGAUGUUGAAGUAAGUUUUAGUAUUACUCUGCCAAAGAAAAAAGUUGAACAUCUGGCAAAGGUUAAUUCGUUGAAAAAUAGCGAAACACUAGAGCCAACUGAACCUGAAAAUCAGAAAAUACUAUCAAUUGACGAAAGUUUACAGUUGAAAAAAUAUAAGGUAGUAAAAAAUGAUCCAAUCGAUGAAUCCGAACCGAAAGAUCGCAAAAUGGAAAACGGAACAAGGAUUGUUGAUGAAAGCGGAGAGAAAACCAAUUCUGAAGAAACAAAAGACGUUAAAACGAAACCAAUCGAGUCCAAUACAUCAAGUGAAAAGAAAGGCACUAUAAAAAAGAAAAUAAUAAGAAAAGUUUCUUCUAAAUCUAAGACUGAUGUAGUUAAUAGUCAAGACGCAAGUGAAGCGAAGCCUGCCACGGAAAAGAAAAAAGUCACAAAAAAAGUCAAAGAAAAGAGUUGUGAAGAUGGAUCAAAACCUACCGUCACAAAGAAAAAGUCCAUGUUGCAAUCGAUCGGGCACAAAUUAGAAAGAUUUGCAUCUAAUAAAUCUGCUUCGCCAGAAAAAGUGCCGGAUAAUAGCGCCCCGGCGGGCGAGUUGAAAAAAGAGAACGGCAAGCAGAACCGGGCGCAGCGCGAGCAUUCCGAGCCGGCCGCCGCGCCGCCCUCCGAGUCCAGCCUCAUCGCGCGCGCCGUCACGCUCUCCGACGUCGCCGCUCUAGACAACCAGACCACCAAUCUGAGCAAAACUACGGUAUCCAAAGUUUUGGGCUUAUUCAAAAAAUUCGAACCGAAAGAGAAGCCCGCUAAACCAAUAUUUGAAAAAUCGCUAAGCGAAAAUCUCGAAUGUAAUACCGAUAUUAGUAAUAAGAUUGAAAAAGCGCCUGAAAAAGAUAACUCUGAAUCUCUAGAUGUUGAUAAGCCUAGAAGGCCCACUUCCCUCCUUUUGAACGGAUUGGGUCGUAAAAGUAAAUACGGAAAGACUACCAGCGACAGUGCUAUGACGACGUUGGUAGAUGACGAAACGAUAUGCAACAAAAAAGAAAACGAACCGAACAAUUUAAAAACCACGCUAAAGUUAGAUUUCUCCAGAUUGCCAAGAGUAAAAAAAAUAGUUCCUACGAAUCCUGUGAUAGAACCGCUAUAUAUGAAUACUUCGCCUGAUGAAAAGGAGACAGAAAAGACAGUGAAACUCGAACAGAACAGCUCUGUUUCAGACAGCAAUACAGUCGUCUGUAAUUCGGAUACAUUAAGUCGCAGUCGAUCCAGGAGUAGGUCAACCAUUUCAAAUUCUGAAAAUAAAUCGGAUCUUAGCAGCGAUUACAAAAGCCAUAAUAUAAAUCCUACGUCGCCUUCAGACAAUAUCGUUCAUCAUCCUUUGAGAAAUCACGAAUCCCUGACACCUGAAAAAGAGGACGUAGUGGAUCGAAUACGUAGAAAAAGCUUUUAUUCUAGAUUUAAUGAAAAGAAACAACGAAGAAAGAGUAAUCUAGUGGGUCCUGGCGCCGCCGAAUACGACCCCCUGUCGCGGAUACACUCCCCGCCCGCGGACUGCAAGUUCGACCGCUCCCCCACCUCUCCCGGGGCAACUUACGACUUAUCACCGGGGUACUCCGUGGCCUCGGAUCUCUCGCCGUCCACCGAGCGGUACAGAUCUUUGCUGACAGAACUUCCCGUCAACACUAGAAGUAAUUUAAGAUAUGACAAUUAUGGACUGAAUGAUAAAAUAGAUACGUACCGAUCGCUCGACCGCAGCGAGCUCAGGAAGUACCCGGGCAGCCGCUACUUGGAUUACGAGCAGCCGGCGACGAGCGCGCACCGCUACUCGCGCACUCGCUCGCUGCUGGACAGCUGCGACGGAGACGAGGCCGCGCUCUCGCUCCGGGACCCCCACAAGUACAACAGGACCAUCUCCAUGUACUCUCCCGGCAACUACGCCACCUACAGACCGAAACGAACUCGAAAUUCCGCUAUCAUACUCAAAGAGAGCGAGAAAGAACCGAGCCCCGAAAAUAUAUUAGACAAAAUAAGACAGAGAAAAAAGAUAUCGAUCAGCGUAACUAGAAAGUCGGACCACGAAAAGGACCAUCUACCAAGAUCCACUAUCUCACCUAAAGGCGAAGGCGACAGUACAGAAUGCUCUGAGAAAGUUGACUGAGAGGAACUACUGACAUGGAUCGCGACUGCCGAAAUCGUUUGUGAUGUAUUCAUAGCAUUUGUUGACAAGUUUUUAUUGGAAAUCUCACCCGAAGCGCCAGUUUUAUUACUAUGCCUAGGCCAGAUAUGUGGAUAGCCAGAAUCUCUUAUACUUCCACUUUUUUUAAGAAUAUUUGCAACAUCGUUUUGACGAGAGGCUUUCUCGACAGAUUCUUGCCAAAAUGUAGUCCUAUCUUAUGUAAAAAAUGCAUCGAAGACAGACUAUUUACAAGACUGUCUUUAGUGGCAAAUUAAUAAGUUCUAAUUAUGUCAGAUCAAUCUUAGUACGAAAAAGGAUUUUUUUUUAAAUAAGAGUCAUUAGAAUGAUUAUCCGAAUUCUCUCAAAAUAGGAUGUAUAACAAUUGUACCGAUUUUUAGCUCACUGAGUGAUGAAUUAAUAAAAUAAUCUGGUUUUAAAUCUCAUUAUAAUUUUGUUUAUUUAUGCCUCAAAGGCAGUUAGGUAACCCUACAGAGUUUAUCUUUUCAAACGAAUUACAUAAUUGUAAUAUUUUUCAAAUUAAUGUCUAUUUCGCGCUUAAGAGCUAGUUAAAAUACCUAGCUGACAAAUCAAUAUUGACUAGAAAUCGAAAUUCUUAUUUUUAAUUGGACGUUAGCAAUAUUUCAGCUUUACAACGGAGUCAAUACAAAGAAGAGGUGCCUUUAAUUUGAUAUUGCUUUCCUUCAUCGUAAUACGCGUACGAGAGUGCAUUUUGUUUUUUUGUAACUCGCGUUCACGUUUUGUAGUGUUUUUCGAUGUUGUUACCAAAUACAUUUUAACUUUAUCAUAAUGAAGCAAUAACAUCUGCUUUCCUAUACAAUUAUGUAACUACGAGCGACAUCGGAUUAAUAUGAUGAUGUGAUUAAUACUCUCCUAUAUUGUUAUUUCUUCUAUGUAAUUUCUCCAUGGUUGCACAUUAGUAACGUGAUAUAGCAAUUCUAUUUUUUAAAUGACUUCUGGAUUUAAUGAGCGAAUUGACUAAUGAAUUAUAUUUUGCAAUCGACAAACUUUUGUUGAGCUUUCGUUGUAAAUUGAUUCUUAUGUGCCUUUAUAUAUAUAUAUAUAUAUUUAAGUGACUGGAUUUGAUACGAGUCUAUUUUAUUGAUACAGAUAAAAUGACACGAUGUUUUAUGAGUGUGUUUGCACAAAUAGGUUUUACUCAAUAUAAAUUAAUUUUUAUUUUCUUCUAGUUAUGUCAAUUUACAUUUUUAUGUGACCCUAAGUAAAGUUUUAGUUAAUAAUGAUUUUACCACAAAAAGAUGUUUAUUAAAUCUUGAAUACUAGGACUAUGUACUUUUGACUGAUUUUGUUUUUUGUAUUGCUGUCAUACACUGCUUAUCAAGUUGGACAUCUUUUUGUGAUAAUAGUUUUAUCAUAUUCGUAUAGUAUUGAAUGCUAAGUCACUUGGUAACAGUAAACGAAUAGAAUGGUGCUUAGAAGAUUUCGUUAGAGUAACUUUUAUUUAUAAAUCGACAUGUUAGUAUCACUCACACACACCUGUAUGUUUUAUAAUGGUUUUGCGAUUUCAGUUUUAUAGGUUUAAGUAUGGACAGUGAAACAGCAUAGUAUUGUAAACGAAGUUGUUGCAUUAUUAUAUAGUACAUUUGUUGCCAUCUCAGCCGCUGUGUGACAUUAGUUAUUGUAAUCGACGAGCAAUAACAUUUAUCGUUACAUUUAUCAGUUUUAACAUUUUACUCAUCAUUUUAUUUAUUUUUCUAGAAUUGAAAUUAUUUAUUUGUGUGUGGUGAUUUUUAAUAUUUUCACAUAAGGUAACGCAGAAACUGUGAUUGUUACGAUAAAUAUUAAAACUACUAUCACACACUUUUUGUAUUGAAUGUGAAUAAAUUAUAU